AUGGGCGGUUUCGAGAACUUAGGUUGGACAGACGUCAUAGGUAGUUCUGACAGUGAUGAUCGGAAUGCACUGUUGGUCAAGCUUUGGGAAUAUUUCUCCACAGCAGCCGCGGGCGUCUGCCAAUUAUACCGAGGCAAGGUCGAUAAAUGUGCAGAUUUCCGCUGUCUCAUCGAGGCCCUGCAACCCAUGGAUCAGUUUUUCAAGGGUGAGCGCCAGUUUCUCCCAGAUCUUGAAGCUGUUAAAUAUGCCGCGGCUUAA